AUGUCAGACACCACUGAUCAAACCAAUCUUAUAAAUCACAACGACAAUCAAACUGCUACUUCUGCUUCUUCAAAUGAUAAUAAUGAUAAUAGUCAAGGUUUAACAGUUCCAAAUAAGAAGACUAUAAAAGCUCGAAGUACAACAGUGGAUUUCAAUAAUGUUGGAGAUCCAAGUUUUUCUAUAGAUAUUGAUGCAUUUGAUCGCGAAUUUUUAAAUGAAGAAUUUGAAGAUGACAUCCUAUAA